AUGACUCAACAUAGGCAUAUUGAACUUCAAUCAGAAAGUAUAACUGUUGAGAAAUUAUCGAAUUUUCAUACAGGCAGUUUACUUGAUGAAACAGUAUGUCAAGUCGAUGAAGUGAAUGACCUGCCGUUCCAGUACGUCAAGAAACUAUGUGAACAAUUUAAAUCUACAGAAAAAAAUUCUCAGAAUGCUUCGAAGUCAAUACAAUCUUUGUCUGCUACACCUUUGGUGAACGUGCAACAACAAAUAGGUUUACAAUUAUUAGAAAGAACCAAGGCGCAACGCAGGCCGGAACUACCGUACAAUCGACUUGAACCGAGUCAGAAAUCGAGAUUACACGAUUUAGUACCCGCUUCACAGUUGGAAAUAAGAUUAUCGCCACAUAAUCGUCCCUGCACUCCUUUAUUACGAUUCAUAAGCACCUGGCUUGUCCAAGAGUUCUUAUAUGUUUGCUCAAUACUAUUGCGAAUGACAACCACACAUAAUUUGGUGAACUCAUUCGGCAUACUUAAUAAUCAACUAUAUGCUUCCAAUUUAGAAGUCAUACACACCAUAUCGACUGUAUGUUCCAGAGAAUUUCUUGAAAAAUUCUUACUAUAUGCUAAAACAAUUGAAAUACUGCGCAAUCUCGAAUCACUAUUAAUUUACGCAGUAACUUAACCAUACAACGGAAUUCCUGACUCAUUAUUUGCAUUUUGGACCCUCGGAUUGUCACUGGCCUUUGUUUCAAGCUAUGUAUAAACCAAUGAACUACUAUAAACAAAUCUUAAAUAUAACAACGCUCCAAUGACAAUCCGAUGCAAUUACACAUGGUAAGCGAACCAUGGCAUACUAUUGGCAUUGACAUAAUGGGCCCCUUUCCAAUAAUAUCACGACAAAAACGAUUUUUACUCGUCGUCGUAGAUUAUUUUACUCUCUGGGUGGAACUAUUUCCAGUGCAUAUAACAAGAUCGAUCAACAUUGCUCAAAUUCUUAUUAGCGAAGUAAUCGCUCGAUACGGUAUACUAGCUUACGUAUUAUCGGGCAAUGGUCCUCAAUUCAUAUCCAGUCUCUUUCGAAAUUUCUCCGAGACUCUGGGUAUUCAAAAAGAAUUUACGACUAAUUAUCAUCCUCAAACCAACUUAACUGAACUUAUUAAUCGAACACUGAAACCAAUUUUAGCAAUUUUUGCAGAAUCUCAACC